AUGAGACCACCACGAGCAUACAGAUACAACACAGACCACCACGAGCAUACAGAUACAACACAGACCAACACGAGCAUACAGAUACAACACAGACCACCACCAGCAUACAGGUACAACACAGACCACCACGAGCAUACAGAUACAACACAUACAACCACGAGCAUACAGAUACAACACAUACAACCACGAGCAUACAGAUACAACACAGACCACCACGAGCAUACGGAUACAACACAGACCACCACGAGCAUACGGAUACAACACAGACCACCACAAGCAUACAGAUACAACACAGACCACCACGAGCAUACGGAUACAACACAUACAACCACGAGCAUACAGAUACAACACAGACCACCACGAGCAUACGGAUACAACACAGACCACCACUUGCAUACAGAUACAACACAGACCACCACGAGCAUACAGAUACAACACAUACAACCACGAGCAUACAGAUACAACACACACAACCACGAGCAUACAGAUACAACACAUACCACCACGAGCAUACGGAUACAACACAGACCACCACGAGCAUACAGAUAUAACACAGAUCACCACGAGCAUACGGAUACAACACAGAUCACCACGAGCAUACGGAUACAACACAGAUCACCACGAACAUACAGAUAUAACACAGAUCACCACGAGCAUACAGAUAUAACACAGACCACCACGAGCAUACAGAUACAACACAGACCACCACUUCCAUACAGAUACAACACAGACCACCACGAGCAUACGGAUACAACACACACAACCACGAGCAUACAGAUACAAGACAGACCACCACGAGCAUACAGAUACAACACAGACCACCACGAGCAUACAGAUACAACACAGACCACCACUUGCAUACAGAUACAACACAGACCACCACGAGCAUACAGAUACAACACAGACCACCACGAGCAUACAGAUACAACACAUACAAUUACGAGCAUACAGAUACAACACAUACAACCACGAGCAUACAGAUACAACACAGACCACCACGAGCAUACGGAUACAACACAGACCACCACUUGCAUACAGAUACAACACAGACCACCACGAGCAUACAUAUACAACACAGACCACCACGAGCAUACGGAUACAACACAUACAAUCAUGAGCAUACAGAUACAAGACAGACCACCACGACAUACAGAUACAACACAGACCACCACGAGCAUACAGAUACAACACAGACCACCACGAGCAUACAGAUACAACACAUACAACCACGAGCAUACAGAUACAACACAGACCACCACGAGCAUACAGAUACAACACAGACCACCACGAGCAUACAGAUAUAACACAGAUCACCACGAGCAUACGGAUACAACACAGACCACCACGAGCAUACAGAUACAACACAUACAACCACUUGCAUACAGAUACAACACAUACAACCACGAGCAUACAGAUACAACACAGACCACCACGAGCAUACAGAUACAACACAUACAACCACUUGCAUACAGAUACAACACAGACCACCACGAGCAUACAGAUACAACACAUACAACCACUUGCAUACAGAUACAACACAGACCACCACGAGCAUACAUAUACAACACAGACCACCACGAGCAUACAGAUACAACACAGACCACCACGAGCAUACAGAUACAACACAGACUACCACUUGCAUACAGAUACAACACAGACCACCACGAGCAUACAGAUACAACACAGACCACCACGAGCAUACGGAUAAAACACAUACAACCUCGAGCAUACAGAUACAACACAGACUACCACGAGCAUACCGAUACAACACAUACAACCACUUGCAUACAGAUACAACACAGACCACCACGAGCAUACAGAUACAACACAUACAACCACGAGCAUACAGAUACAACACAGACCACCACGAGCAUACAGAUACAACACAGACCACCACGAGCAUACAGAUACAACACAGACCACCACGAGCAUACAGAUACAACACAGACCACCACGAGCAUACAGAUACAACACAGACCACCACGAGCAUACAGAUACAACACAGCCCACCACGAGCAUACAGAUACAACACAGACCACCACUUGCAUACAGAUACAACACAGACCACCACGAGCAUACAGAUAUAACACACACCACCACAACCAUACAGAUACAACACAGACCACCACGAGCAUACAGAUACAACACAGACCACCACGAGCAUACAGAUACAACACAGACCACCACGAGCAUACAGAUACAACACAUACAACCACUUGCAUACAGAUACAACACAGACCACCACGAGCAUACAGAUACAACACAUACAACCACUUGCAUACAGAUACAACACAGACCACCACGAGAAUACAGAUACAACACAGACCACCACGAGCAUACAGAUACAACACAGACCACCACGAGCAUACAUAUACAACACAUACAACCACUUGCAUACAGAUACAACACAGACCACCACGAGCAUACAGAUACAACACAUACAACCACUUGCAUACAGAUACAACACAGACCACCACGAGAAUACAGAUACAACACAGACCACCACGAGCAUACAGAUACAACACAGACCACCACGAGCAUACAGAUACAACACAGACCACCACGAGCAUACAGAUACAACACAGAUCACCACGAGCAUACAGAUACAAGACAGACCACCACGAGCAUACAGAUACAACACAGACCACCACGAGCAUACAGAUACAACACAGAUCACCACGAGCAUACAUGAAAAAGAACAAUUCUUAA